AUGGGGCGCCUCUCAUGGAAGGGGCGCCUUUCCUCUAAGUCGCGCCUCUCCUCUAAGUCGCUCCUCUCCUCUAAGAGACGCCUAUGGGUUGACUCGGGCGCCACUCCUCUGUGGUGUGAGGCGGGCGCCACUCCUCUGCGGUGUGAGUCGGGCGCCACUCCUCUGUGGUGUGACUCGGGCGCCACUCCUCUGCGGUGUGAGUCGGCCGCCUCUCCUCUGCGGUGUGAGUCGGCCGCCUCUCCUCUGUGGUGUGAGGCGAGCGCCACUCCUCUGUGGUGUGAGUCGGGCGCCACUCCUCUGUGGUGUGAGGCGGGCGCCACUCCUCUGUGGUGUGUGUCGGGCGCCACCCUUUGUGGUUCGGGCGCCACUCCUCUGCGGUGUGACUCGGGCGCCACUCCUCUGCGGUGUGACUCGGGCGCCACUCCUCUGCGGUGUGAGUCGGGCGCCACUCCUCUGUGGUGUGAGUCGGGCGCCACUCCUCUGUGGUGUGACUCUGGCGCCACUCCUCUGUGGUGUGAGGCGGGCGCCACUCCUCUGUGGUGUGACUCGGGCGCCACUCCUCUGUGGUGUGACUCGGGCGCCACUCCUCUGUGGUGUGAGUCGGGCGCCACUCCUCUGUGGUGUGACUCGGGCGCCACUCCUCUGUGGUGUGACUCGGGCGCCACUCCUCUGUGGUGUGAGUCGGGCGCCACUCCUCUGUGGUGUGACUCGGGCGCCACUCCUCUGUGGUGUGAGGCGGGCGCCACUCCUCUGUGGUGUGAGGCGGGCGCCACUCCUCUGUGGUGUGAGGCGGGCGCCACUCCUCUGUGGUGUGAGGCGGGCGCCACUCCUCUGUGGUGUGAGUCGGGCGCCACUCCUCUGUGGUGUGAGGCGGGCGCCACUCCUCUGUGGUGUGAGGCGGGCGCCACUCCUCUGUGGUGUGAGGCGGGCGCCACACCUCUGUGGUGUGAGUCGGGCGCCACUCCUCUGUGGUGUGACUCGGGCGCCACUCCUAUGUGGUGUGAGUCGGGCGCCACUCCUCUGUGGUGUGAGGCGGGCGCCACUCCUUUGUGGUGUGAGGCGGGCGCCACUCCUCUGUGGUGUGACUCGGGCGCCACUCCUCUGUGGUGUGACUCGGGCGCCACUCCUCUGUGGUGCGAGUCGGGCGCCACUCCUCUGCGGUGUGAGUCGGGCGCCACUCCUCUGUGGUGUGACUCGGGCGCCACUCCUAUGUGGUGUGAGUCGGGCGCCACUCCUCUGUGGUGUGACUCGGGCGCCACACCUCUGUGGUGUGAGUCGGGCGCCACUCCUCUGUGGUGUGACUCGGGCGCCACUCCUAUGUGGUGUGAGUCGGGCGCCACUCCUCUGUGGUGUGAGGCCGGCGCCACUCCUCUGUGGUGUGAGGCGGGCGCCAUUCCUCUGUGGUGUGACUCGGGCGCCACUCCUCUGUGGUACUCGGGCGCCACUCCUCUGUGGUGCGAGUCGGGCGCCACUCCUCUGCGGUGUGAGUCGGGCGCCACUCCUCUGUGGUGUGACUCGGGCGCCACUCCUCUGUGGUGUGACUCGGGCGCCACUCCUCUGUGGUGUGACUCGGGCGCCACUCCUCUGUGGUGUGACUCGGGCGCCACUCCUCUGUGGUGUGAGUCGGGCGCCACUCCUCUGUGGUGUGAGUCGGGCGCCACUCCUCUGUGGUGUGACUCGGGCGCCACUCCUCUGUGGUGUGAGUCGGGCGCCACUCCUCUGUGGUGUGAGUCGGGCGCCACUCCUCUGUGGUGUGACUCGGGCGCCACUCCUCUGUGGUGUGAGUCGGGCGCCACUCCUCUGUGGUGUGACUCGGGCGCCACUCCUCUGUGGUGUGACUCGGGCGCCACUCCUCUAUGGUGUGACUCGGGCUCCACUCCUCUGUGGUGUGACUCGGGCGCCACUCCUCUGUGGUGUGACUCGGGCGCCACUCCUCUGUGGUGUGACUCGGGCGCCACUCCUCUGUGGUGUGACUCGGGCGCCACUCCUCUGUGGUGUGACUCGGGCGCCACUUCUGUGUGGUGUGACUCGGGCGCCACUUCUCUGUGGUGUGAGUCGGGCGCCACUCCUCUGUGGUGUGACUCGGGCGCCACUCCUCUGCGGUGUGAGUCGGGCGCCACUCCUCUGUGGUGUGACUCGGGCUCCACUCCUCUGUGGUGUGAGUCGGGCGCCACUCCUCUGUGGUGUGACUCGGGCGCCACUCCUCUGUGGUGUGACUCGGGCGCCACUCCUCUGUGGUGUGACUCGGGCGCCACUCCUCUGUGGUGUGACUCGGGCGCCACUCCUCUGGGGUGUGAGUCGGGCGCCACUCCUCUGCGGUGUGAGUCGGGCGCCACUCCUCUGCGGUGUGACUCGGGCGCCACUCCUCUGUGGUGUGACUCGGGCGCCACUCCUCUGUGGUGUGAGGCGGGCGCCACUCCUCUGCGGUGUGAGUCGGGCGCCACUCCUCUGUGGUGUGAGUCGGGCGCCACUCCUCUGUGGUGUGACUCGGGCGCCACUCCUCUGUGA